UUAAGAGACAAAACAUUGGAGGGUAGAAAAGCUUGUAUUUGUACUUGCAUGACACACUGGAAAGGAGCAUUGAGCAUGUAAAAUAUCUAUAUUUAUGGUUCUUGAAACAGCUGUUGGAAAUAUGAAAAUGGAAACAUAGUUUUCACAGUAUAUAAUAUAAGAGCUUUGCAUCAAAAAAAGGAUGUUACAAGACUUCAUGGGAACUCAGUUCAAGGCUGCUCUUUUUCUCUUGUUCUUUUACUCAGUGUUAGCUAAGCAAAACCAACUGAGUUCCAACUUGGAAUAUCAAGAUUUGCUGAACCUCAGGUCAUCUUUGGGCAUCAGAGCUAGAGAUUGGCCAAGAAAAUCAGACCCCUGCUCCAAUUGGACUGGAAUUGGUUGCACCAAUGGCAAAGUUACAAGUAUAAAGUUAACUGGAGUAAGAAGAAGUCACAAAGGAAGCUUGUUUCCACAGUUUGCUGUUGAUUCUUUGGCCAAUUUUACUCAGUUGACAUCCUUUAACUCAUCAGGUUUUAUUCUUCUAGGGCCAAAUCCAGAUUGGUUUGGUCAAAGAUUAACUCAGCUCAAAGAACUUGAUCUUAGUUCAAGCUCAAUUCUUGGUUCACUUCCACCAUCAUUUGGAAGUUUAAGUAAACUUACUUCUCUAUCUUUGUCUAGUAAUUCAAUUACAGGUACUAUUCCUACAGAAUUUGGGAAGUUGAGUUCUUUAAAUGUUCUUAAUCUUUCUGGCAAUUCACUCACAGGUUCAAUUCCAACUUCUUUUUCAAAUAUUGAGAAUCUCACUGUUCUUGAUUUGUCUUCAAAUUUGUUGUCUGGUCCAAUCCCUAUUGAAUUUGGUUCACUUCAUGGCCUUAAGUUCCUCAGCUUGUCCAAUAAUAGUCUGAGUUCUUAUAUUCCUGCUCAGCUAGCAAAUCUUUCUCAAUUAGUAGAACUUGAUCUUGGCUAUAAUUACUUGUCAGGGUCAUUGCCAGAAGAUUUCUCAAGAUUGAGGAAUUUAAGAAAAUUGUUAAUUGGAAACAAUGAACUAGAAGGUGAAUUGCCUGGUACCUUGUUUUCAAAUCUUUCUCUAAUGGAGUAUAUAGUUCUCAGUUGGAAUCGAUUCGAAGGCGAAAUUCCUGAUGUUUUGUGGUCAUUUUCCCACUUAAGGAUUCUUGAUAUUUCAGGGAACAACUUCACUGGUGUAGUUUCAAAUCUUACCUAUUUUAGUGCCAGUGGUGCUUCAUAUAACCUUUCAAAUAAUCUCUUCUUCGGAAAUGUGGCGUUUGAUAUUCGGAAUUUUCAAUCAAUUGAUCUGUCCAACAACUAUUUUCAAGGUCUAGCACCCAAUAAUUCUGGCGUUCAAGUUAUGAGUAAUUGCUUUACAGGGUCUUUGAAUCAGAGGAGUUCAGAAGAUUGUCGUAAAUUUUAUGCUGAUAGGGGUCUAGUUUUUGUCAAUGGCGGCACCAAUAGCACAAGCCAAACUCCAGCACAAAGACCUUCAAAGAGCGGGCAUACGCGCCUUCUUAUAAUGGUUGGAGUUUUUGGUGGGCUUGGGGUUCUUAUGCUUUUGGCAUUAGCCAUUCUAUUGUUUUUUAAGAUAUGCUACAGAGGAAAUUCAAGUGAAAGAGGCACUUCAAACGUUAGUCCUGUCGUGGAAGGAGACAAUCGGGCUGUGAAGUUCUCUGGUGAUAUAUCUGGCGGUUCAGUAGAAUCAUUUACUUAUGAGCAGAUACUCCAUGCCACAAGCAACCUCAAUGAAGCAAACGUUAUCAAGCACGGUCACACUGGAGACAUUUUCCGGGGAAUAUUGGAAGGCGGUGUCCCCAUAGUUAUCAAGAAAGUUAGUUUACUUCUGUCUGGAAAAGAGUCAUACAAGUUGGAGUUGGAUUUGUUAAACUGGAUAACACACCAUAGGUUUGUCCCUUUAUUGGGACACAGCAUAGAGCAUGAGAGUGAGAAAUUCUUGGUCUACAAAUAUAUGUGCAAUGGAGAUUUGUUUAGUUUGUUGUCCAGGGAUACAGAUUUAGGAGACGAAAAUCGACAGUCUUUGGAUUGGAUAACGAGAUUAAAAAUUGCAAUAGGAACUGCAGAAGGUUUAGCUUAUUUACACCAUGAGUGUAAUCCUCCCCUUGUUCAUAGAGAUGUUCAAGCUAGCAGUAUCCUUCUCGACGAUAAAUUUGAAGUAAGGCUGGGAAGUUUGACCGAAGUGCGUACACAGGAAGGUGAUAAUCACAAUUUGAUCACAAAGUUCUUCCACAUGCCAAAGAAUGCUGAGGGAGACCCUGCUGGAUCUUCAUUUACAAGUUGCACUUAUGAUAUAUACUGUUUCGGGAAGGUCUUACUCGAGCUUGUAACUGGUAAGGUUGGCAUAAGCCAGUCAGAUGAUGCCUCAACCAAGGAGUGGUUGGACAAAUUUCUUCCUUUCAUCACUAUACGGGAGAAAGAAUUAGUGGCCAACAUCGUCGAUCCAUCUCUAAUUCUAGAUGAGGACUUACUGGAAGAGAUGUGGGCUGUAGCAAUAGUAGCUAAAGCAUGUCUUCAUCCGAGGCCUUCCAAACGUCCUGAGAUAAGACGCCUCCUAAAAGCACUAGAGAACCCUUUCAAGGUUGUUAGGGAAGGAAGUUUCAACUCUACAAGGCUACGAACAACUUCAUUGAGGCGAUCGUGGAGUGUUGCUUUUCUUGGUAGUUGGCACUAUAGCUCACAAGAUAGUAUAAAUGCCAGUGGCCAAACAAGCAAAGAGGGUAUGAACUACCUAAAACAGUCAGGACGAGUAGGAUCUCAUUCUCAUAGCAGCGGGAAUGAACAUUCAUCCUCGUGUAAGAGAUCAUCCAGUGAGAUUUUCCCCGAACCUCAGGAGACGCUAGAUAUAGAAGGACAGGACAUGAACUAGCCAUCCUGUGAGUCCAAAGGUAUCUCAUAAUUUGCAGUUAACCUAUGCCAAAUGCAUUUCUGCAGGCAAGCGUUUUGUAAGUAUCAGGGCUUUUGAUUUUUUAUUACAUGAGCGGCCUAUGAUCGUUGCGGAUACAUGGGCCCACGUGCUACACGCAAGAAUGAAUUGUCAUACGGUUGGUAAACUCUUUCCUUCUCUGUGCAGCCUAUCAAAUUGGAUCAGUAUUUUUGAAUAUGUCGUUACACCAUGUACAUGUAUUCUGUUUUUCUUCUUUUCUUUUCUUUUUUUGAUGUGCGACAAAUGCUCUAGUCUUUGUAAACUUUCAAAAGUUUAUCCUGUCAGAUGUGUUGAUGACAAAAAAGUUGAUAUUAAAGGAUGUUCAGUCCUUUGUAUUCCCCUCUUUAUUCGGUAAACUAUGUUCCUUGGUUGUGUGCAAAAAUACAGAUGUGAUGGAAAACAA